AAAAAUUAAAUGAAUAAAUCAUAAAUCCAACAAAUAAAUACUGAUCACAGAAAGAAAUAUGGAUUCUAAGAUUAAAAAAUCAAGCUAUAAUUAUUGCUGAAGGAAUAAUCUAACUAUAGGAAUAAGGAAAUACAAAAUAUAAACUCGCUUGCUUAAACAAAAUACUUAAACUUAGCUUCAGAUAAAAAAUAAUAUUCUUCUCAAGCUACUCAAAUAUAAGAUGAUUUGCUAGACUACGGUCAAAAUAUAGACAAAUAUUACAAUUAAAUGUUUUAAGAAGAAAAUUAAGAUGAUUAAAAUAACUCAUGGGAUAGAUCUUAAAAUAAUUCUAUAGUUAUGCAAAGUAGAUAUGAAAAUGACGAUAGCAAACAAUGUACUCCUGAAGUAUCAUAUGUGCAAAAAUAUAAAUAGAAUUUUCAUAGCAAGAAUUAGAAACAAUUAAUUUACUUGCAUAUCCCUAAUGAAUCAGAAUAAGGAAAUUAGAGUUUUAGCUCUGUUAUCAGAAGAUGUUCAAGCAAUCUAUGUUCUAUAAAAUAAGAGAUUAAUUAAAAGCCAAAAAUUAAGUAAUUAGAUGAUAAUUCUACUUAUUUUAAUAGUAACUGCUUCCCCUCAAUAUCAAACAAUACAAGCUAACUAAAGAAAUAAAUUCAAAUUAACUACAAAGAGGUUUAUAAGCUUUUUUGCUCAAAAAUGAAAUAACAAGAAGAAGAUAAAAGAAACUAAUCCAAAUUAAAUACAUCAUAGUUUAAUAAUUCUUAAUUUCCUGUAAAUUACAGAACACCAUUCAUAAAUAAUCCAAUAUCAAAGGCAGAAGACUAAAUUUCACAACAAAAAAAGAUGUAUUUUGUUUCGUCUCAUGGUUAUGGGGAAAAUGAGUAUCAGCCAUCAACGAUAGGUAAAGUUUUUUCUAAUGCUGUUUCAAGGAAGACUUCAAUAGAAGAGAGCAAAAUUGAAUUGAAGAAUUGGAACUUAGCUAAAUUUAACCACAUUUAAGAUAAUUAAUCAAAAAAAGAAGACAUCAGGUAUUAUUCUAAAUAAAUAAAUGAAAGUUAAUCUUAAAAAAAUAUAGAAAAAUUAAAAUUUGCUAAAAAUUAAUAAAUUUUUGAAAAUUAAAAAGAAAAUAAUCACACUAAUAGAAAAUUUAAUUAAUAAUUAGUUUAAAGAAAUGUACUUUAAUUUAAAUAAGCAUUCGAAAUACCUUCAUAAUAAUUAAAUUAACACCAUGAAAUUCAACCAAAAAGACUAUUAAAAAAAUAUUUCUCUGUAAAAUAAUUAAAUUUGGACACAUCAAAGCACUCAAAAAAUGUAAAUGUAGAAUAAUCUGAUAAUUUAGAAAGAAAUUUGAUAAUCAAGCAAAUAGAUAACUAUAGCAAUCAAUCUUCAAAGUUUAACUCUUAAAAAAAUCUGCAAUUUCAAUAGUAUGCUCUUGAAACAUGGAAAUAUAGAAAUAAAACUUGUGAGUAAGAGCCUUAAAAUUAAAUAAAAUCAAAAUAAAUUGUUGAUAAAAAUAAAUUAUAAGUAUUAGAUAAAAACUACUUUGAAAAUUAUUACUCUUGA